AUGGAUCCUUUCACGAUCGUGUCGACAGUGGUCGCGCUUGCUGUCGCCACGUACUUGCUCAUCCUUAAGCGAUACCAGUACUGGACGGACCGCGGAGUUCCUCAGGCACAACCGGAGUUCCUGAUUGGCAAUGUACGGAACGUGCGGCGUACGGUUCACCUGGCGGUACGAUUCCAGGAGAUUUACAACGAAGUGAAGGGCAAACAUCCGUUCGGUGGGUUCUACAUGUUCCUGAAGCCCGUGGCUCUGAUCACGGACCUGGAGCUGCUGAAGUGUGUAUUUGUGAAGGACUUCCAGUACUUCCACGAUCGUGGAAACUACUACAACGAGAAGCAUGAUCCGAUUUCGGCGCAUCUCUUCAACUUGGAGGGGCAAAAGUGGCGCAAUUUGCGCAACAAAAUUUCCCCCACGUUCACCUCCGGCAAGAUGAAGAUGAUGUACCCGACGAUGGUGGCGGCCGGAAAGCAGUUGACGGACUUUAUGGAGGAUUCGGUUCAGCACAACGUUGAGUUCGAGUUGAAUGAUUUGUUAUCGCGCUUCACGACGGACGUGAUCGGGAUGUGCGCGUUCGGCAUCGAUUGCAACACCAUACGCAAUCCAGACGAAGAGUUUCGUGUGAUGGGAAAAAAGAUCUUCCAGCGUUCGCAAAAUCUCGUGAAGCUCUUCCUCGUAAACAUGCUACCCAGCGUUGCGAAGGCUAUCGGUAUCCCGGUAUUCGAACCCGACGUGUCUGCGUUCUUCAUGAAAGUGGUGCGCGAUACGAUCAAGUAUCGAGUGGAAAACAACGUUCAGCGCAACGACUUUAUGAACAUCCUGAUCGGGAUGCGCAGCGAUAAGGAAAGCAAGUCGGAUGAUGAAACGCUGUCGUUCAACGAGAUCGCAGCCCAAGCGUUCCUGUUUUUCCUGGCCGGUUUCGAUACAUCAUCCUCCUUGCUGUCGUUCACGCUGUACGAGCUGGCGAUGAACCAGGAGCUGCAGGACAAAGUGCGAGUCAGCAUUCGGGAGGUGCUCGAGCGUCACAACGGCGAGCUGACGUAUGACGCAAUGAUGGAAAUGGAUUACCUGGAGCGGGUGAUGAAAGAAACACUGCGCAAAUACCCUCCAAUAUCGGUUCAUUUUCGGGUGGCCACGAAGGAUUAUUUGGUGCCCGGGACGAAGACGGUAAUCGCAGCCGGGACAACGCUCAUGGUGCCCGUGAACGCGAUCCAGCGUGAUCCGCAGCACUUCCCGGACCCCGAACGGUUCGAUCCGGAUCGGUUCACGCCGGCAGAGGAAGCCAAGCGCCAUCCGUACGCGUGGACACCGUUCGGGGAGGGCCCAAGGAUGUGCGUUGGGCUGCGGUUCGGGUUGAUGCAGGCGCGAGUCGGACUGGUUUCGCUGCUGAUCCGGUUCCGAUUUUCUGCCGGACCGAAAACCGUCUAUCCGAUGGUACUGGACCCGAAAAGCGUGAUUUUGUCUCUCGAAGGCGGCAUGUGGUUGAAGGUGGAAAAACUUUAA